AUGAGUUUAGCAGCCAUUUUGGCACAUGCUACUCGAUUAAUACGCACUCUGGAAGCGUUCCAGUUGAUGCACGUGCUCUACCAUCAGCACCGUUAUACUACACUGCUGGACGAAGACUAUCAAUGUUUGCUUGUCCCACCUCAAACAGAAGGACCGCUUCUUCCGGAGGUUGUUAGGGAAUAUAGUAGAUCAGCAACAAGUUCUGCUUCACUACCACCACCUGUGAGAUCUGAAUCGGUAGCGAAACCACCCGUAGUAGUCACUGUCGCCUCGCAGAUUCUAACGCCAACUGAACCCAAUGUGACUCAAGGUGUGACGAAGAAGCCCGCAGCCGCGAAAGAACAACCUAAGGUGGGUAAGAAUGCAGCAUUAUGGAUGCCCACAGAAGACGUGUCACCGCGUAGGUUAACAGCCGCUUCAUCUGUAGAUCCCUCUUUGGGUAAGGAAAAUACCUCCGAAUCCUCUGGGGACAGUAAUGCAACCGUAGCGCCUACCGCCUCGAAAGCGCUUAAUGUAGUGACUAAAUUCGCGAAAACCUCGGAUCCUACGUUAGCAGACUUUCGCCGUUCUAUUUCUUCUUAA